AUGAAGAAGUUUAGAAAGACCCGAGCCAACCAACUGGACAAGUUCAUCGAAGACCGCCACCUGCCAGACAAGGAUUUCCGCACGCAGGUCAAUGAAGCCAUCCACAUCAUCUGCAGUUUCGUGAAGGAGAGGUGUUUCCGAUGGGCCCCCGACCCUGUUCGGGUGUCCAAAGUUGUGAAGGGUGGCUCCUCAGGCAAAGGCACGACCCUCAAGGGCCUAUCAGAUGCUGACCUUGUCGUCUUCGUCGCCAGUCUCACAAGUUUUCGGGAACAGCUUCAGCACCGAAGAGGAUCCAUCAAGGAAAUUAGGAGACAGCUGGAAGCCUGUCAAAGAAAGGAAACAUUUGAAGUGGAGUUUGAGGUCCAGAAACGGUGAAGGAAGAAGCCCCGUGCUCUCAGCUUCAUGCUCAGGUCCCCUCGGCUCCUCCAGGGGGUAAAGUUCGAUGUCCUGCCCGCCUUUGAUGCCCUGUCAAAGGGAUCAAGGCAAGAGGUGAGACGGCAGAGGUGGCAGGAGACAGGUCACACCAAACCUCCUGGGCCACUGCGAGGACUUUGGAUUUUAUUCGGAUGUCCUGGGAAGCAAGAAGUGGAAGGAUCAGGUUUUAAAAGGCCUCUGUGGGUGCUGGGUAGAGAAUGGGCUGUGGAGGAUCCAGGAAGGAGGCUGCUGCCAUCUCUGCUGUGUCCAGGUCAGGUGACCAAAGACUACAGGCCUGACCCUCAAGUCUACGUCCGGCUUAUCCAAGAGUGCGAGUCCCUGGGGAGAGAGGGCGAGUUCUCCCCCUGCUUCACGGAGCUGCAGCGAGCCUUCCUGAGGGACCGUCCAACCAAGCUGAAGAGCCUCAUCCGCCUUGUGAAGCACGGGUACCAAACGUGUAAGAUGAGACGUGGGAAAAAACUGCCCCCACAAUAUGCCCUGGAGCUUCUGACAGUCUAUGCUUGGGAGCAAGGAAGCAUGGAAACAGGAUUCAGCACAGCUCAGGGAUUUCAGACUGUUUUGGAAUUAGUCCUGAAGCACCAGCACCUCUGCAUCUACUGGGAAAAGUAUUAUGACUUUGAAAACCCUAUUACUGGACAAUACCUGAGAAGGCAACUUGCAAAACCCAGACCUGUGAUUCUGGACCCAGCUGGCCCUACUGGAAGUGUGGCUGGUAAAGACCCAUAUGGCUGGCAGCUGCUGGCACAAGAGGCUAGAGUCUGGCUGGGAUACUCAUGCUGCAAGAAUCGGGAUGGGUCUCCAGUCAGCCCCUGGAAGGUGCCGGUGUGACCUCCUGAUUCCCUCAUAAGCAGUUCUAAGCUAAAAGGUUUUCCCCUCCAGCUCUGCCCUCUCUGGCUCUCCUGUCCCAGCAUCAUGAUGGAGCUCAGUGAUACCCCGGCCAAGUAUCUAGACAAGUUCAUCGAAGACCACCUGCUGCCAGACGAGGAUUUCUACACACAGGUCAAUGAAGCCAUCCACAUCAUCUGCAGUUUCCUGAAGGAGAGGUGUUUCCAAGGGGCCUCCCACCCUGUUCGGGUGUCCAAAGUUGUGAAGGGUGGCUCCUCAGGCAAAGGCACAACCCUCAGGGGCCGAUCAGAUGCUGACCUCGUCAUCUUCCUCACCAAUCUUAAAAGUUUUCAGGAACAACUUCAGCGCCGAGGAGAAUUCAUCAAGGAAAUUAGGACACAGCUGGAAGCCUGUCAAAGGGAGAAAAUAUUUGAAGUGAAGUUUGAGGUCCAGAAACAGCAAUGGGAGAAUCCCCGUGCUCUCAGCUUCGUGCUUAGAUCCUGUGAGCUCCACGAGUGGGUGGAGUUUGAUGUCCUGCCCGCUUUUGAUGCCCUGGGUCAGGUGACCAAAGACUACAGGCCUGACCCUCAAGUCUACGUCCGGCUUAUCCAAGAGUGCGAGUCCCUGGGGAGAGAGGGCGAGUUCUCCCCCUGCUUCACGGAGCUGCAGCGAGCCUUCCUGAGGGACCGUCCAACCAAGCUGAAGAGCCUCAUCCGCCUUGUGAAGCACGGGUACCAAACGUGUAAGGAGAAGCUUGGGAAGCCGCUGCCCCAACAGUAUGCCCUGGAGCUUCUGACAGUCUAUGCUUGGGAGCAAGGAAGCAUGGAAACAAGAUUCAACACAGCUCGGGGAUUUCAGACCGUCUUAGAAUUAGUCCUGAAGCAUCAGAAGCUUUGCAUCUACUGGAAAAACUAUUACAACUUUGAAAACCCUAUUAUUGGACAAUACCUGAGAAGGCAACUUGGAAAACCCAGGCCUGUGAUUCUGGACCCGGCUGACCCUACAGGAAACGUUGCUGGUGGAGACCCAUGUAGCUGGCAUCGGCUGGCACAAGAGGCUAGAGCCUGGCUGAGUUACCCAUGUUUAAAGAAUUGGGACGGGUUUCCAGUAGGCUCCUGGGAUGUGUCGCUGUCAUCUCAGCAGCCAGCCAGAGCAAUGGGAAACUGGGAGUCCCAUCUCUACGAACGGCCUGCCCAGAAACUGGGUGAGUUUACCCAGGACAACCUGAGGCCCUUUGAAGACUGUCAGAAACAGAUCGACCAGACCGUGGACACCAUCUGUGCAGUCCUGCAGGAAGCUGAGCAGUUCCCCCUGGUGACCGGCGUGGCCAAAAGUGGCUCCUAUGGCCGGAGAACGGUCUUGAGGGGCAACUCCGAUGGUACCCUCGUCAUCUUCAUCGGUGGCCUUGAAAAAUUCCAGGAUCAGAAAAAAAGCCAACAUGACUUCCUCAGCAAAAUCUGGGCACAGUUGAAACGCUGUGAGCUCACGAUGAAGCUGGCAGCCAAGAUGGAGAUCCAGAGCAUCUGUGGCAAGCUCACCAUCCAGCUGUCCACAGAACAGCAGAGCAUCACUUUUGAGAUGCUGCCCGCCUUCAACGCUCUGGGCUUAAGUGAGAAGCCCAGCCUCUGCACCUAUCGAGAGCUCAAAAGAUCCUUGGAUAUGGUGAAAGCCAGCCCCUGUUAGUUCUCGAUCUGCUUCACUGAACUCCAGGAGAAGUUUUUUAGCAACCAUCCCAGCAAGCUGAAGGAUUUGAUCCUCUUGGUAAAGUACUGGUGUCAAAAGUGCCAGGAAAAGCUGAAGGAUUCAUCCCUGCUGCCGCUGUAUGCGCUGGAGCUGCUUACGGUCUAUGCCUGGGAACAGGGGUGUGGAGCAGAAGACUUUGACAUAAGAGGCAUCAGGACUGUUCUGGAGCUUAUCAGGAAGCAGGAGCAGCUAUGUGUCUACUGGACAGUCAACUACAACUUUGAGGAUAAGACUGUCCGCAACAUCCUGCUGGGCCACCUCCGAUCCCCGAGGCCAGUAAUCUUGGAUCCAACUGGCCCAACCAGUAAUGUGAGCGAAGAUAACACCUGCUGGCAGCUGCUAAAACAAGAAGCUCAAACCGGGUUAUCUUCUCUCAGGCUGAACGAGUCACCUGGACUGUCCUGGAAUGUUCUGCCUGCGCCGCUCUACAUGACCCCAGGCCAUCUUCUAGACAAGUUCAUCAAGGACCUUCUCCUGCCCAACAGGACUUUCCUAGAUCAGAUCAAGAAAGCUGUUGACAUCAUCUGUAAGUUUCUUAAAGAUAAUUGCUUUCGACAUUCAACUACAAAGUGUCAGAAGAUUGUCAAGGGGGGGGCAACCGCCAAAGGCACGGCUCUGAAGAGCGGCUCCGAUGCCGACCUCGUUGUGUUCGCGGACCCGCUGAAAAGCUACACCUCCCAGAAAAACGAGAGAUGCAACAUCAUCAAGGAAAUCCAUAAGCAACCGGAAGCCUGUCAGCGGGAGAAGGAUUUUGAAGUGAAGUUUGAGAUUUCAAAAUGGAAGGCUCCCCGGGUGCUGAGCUUAACUCUGAAAUCCAAAGUCCUCAACGGAAGUGUUGACUUUGAUGUGCUGCCUGCAUUUAAUGCCCUAGGUGAACUGAAGUCUGACUCUACACCCAGCCCCAGGAUCUAUGCUGACCUCAUCUAUUUGCAUAAAUCCUCAGACACCCUGGGGGGAGAAUUUUCUACCUGUUUCACGGAGCUACAGCGCAAUUUCGUUUGCUCCCGGCCCACGGAACUGAAGGAUUUGAUUCGCCUGACUGGUACAAUCUUCCCUCAGUGUGGAAGCAAACUGAAGCAAAAGGGGUCUCUGCCCCCCAAAUAUGCCUUGGACCUGCUUACCAUCUAUGCCUGGGAGCAGGGGAGCGGGGCGCAGGAUUUUGACACGGCUGAAGGUUUCCGGACGGUCCUGGAGUUGGUCACAAACUAGCAGCAUCUCUGUGUCUUGUGGAUGGUCAACUACAACUUUGAUGAUGAGAUUGUGAGGAGCUUCCUCCCAACCCAGAUCCAGAGAACCGGGUGCCCCAAACCUCAGCCCCCUCCAUUUCUUAACCUGAUUCCCUCCAACGCUAUUUUGGUGACCUGAAUUCACCUCCCGCGGGGUCCUGAUCCAUUAUUCCUCCUGUGAAACUGAGAAGGGAAUGUGCUGACCGUCAGAACCGCCCACAGUCUCCAGGGGUAAAAUCCCAGGGAGGCAGGAGAAAGGUCAUCAGGAGGAACAAAGAAGGAAGGACCAAGGCCUGUGAUCUUGGACCCAGCCGAUCCUACUGGCGACGUGGGUGGAGGGGACCGUUGGUGUUGGCAUCUUCUAGCAGAAGAAGCUACUGAAUGGCUGUUGUCUCUCUGUUUCCGAGACGGGUCGGGUUGUCCCAUACAAUCGUGGAACAUGCCAGUAGGAAUCAUCUAAAGGAAGUGUCAUCUGGAGAUUACCCUGGGACAGGCCGAAAUCAAAGAGCUUCCCUGCUAUGGCAACUUGGGAUUCACUCAGCCACAAAUAACAGAUAACCCAACUCAGGAGCCUAAACGACUGGGUUUUUUCUUCCCAUAACAAGAAAUCCUAAGGCAGGCGACCUAGGACUCGCACAACAGCUCCACUGGACUUUCCCCAGGAGCAGAUCACCUCCACCGUGGCACUUGGUACUGGGGGCUGGAUAGCUCUUCGUGGUAGGGGCCGUCUUGGGCAGUGUUAAGUCUCUACCCACCAGAUGCAGUAGCACCACCCCCGAGUGCAACAACCAAAAAUGCCUCCAGACGUGACCAAGGGUCCCCUGGGGCACACUCAUCCCCAGCUCUUCCUGGCUCCACCCUCUUUAGUCGUUCAUUUGAGUCUUCGUGGCACUGAGAGUGGCUAUUGCACCUCCAGGUGGCGGGUCCAUGGUGAGGUUGGAGGAACAGAAAGGGGGAGGAUACCCACCCAGGUAGCUUAUUAGAAGCUUCAUCCAGCAAACUCUCUUACAUUUCAAGCUGCAGCUACCUGUAACCGAAAAGUGGCUCCAGAAAGGGGGGUGAGAGUUGGGUCAGCCAGCCAAGAGUGCCUGCCACCCCUGUCCAAAGCUCCACCGCCAACCAAGAUACCUGCCACCAGGUAUACUUGGUUCCCCCAUCAGGUUCUCUGUCAACAAGUACCCAAAACUGUCCCUGGUAGUAGUCACCUUCUCAGAUACACUUCCUUCUUUCUUUUUGGGUUUUUUUUCUGUCUCUUUUAACCAAUGGUUCUAACUGCUUGGAUAUGUAUUAUUCUCGCACGUAUAUUUCUUUCUUUCUAGACAGUGCAGUCACCAGGAAGUUGGGGAGCAGGGAUACAUUCUAUUGUCAGUGAGAUGCACUUAUUCAGAAGGUGUAGAUUCCUGGAAUAAUAAUGCUGGAAGAAACUUCUAGAGACCACCAGGCAACUGCUUUUUUUUUUUUUUAUGGUUAAUAAACUACAAAAUUUA